CGGACUCCAGACGGCUAGCUGUUUCGAAAAUGAAACUGGCUUACCUCUGACUUUGAUAGGUAAAGACGAGAAAACGAAAAUAAAACGCUUCUUUAAAAAAUUUCAGGCUAUUCACUCUUGCGGCCUGACACAGCGGAGGCUCAAGACACAAACGCUGGAUAUGUUCAGCAAACACCAUACCAGUUCGGGGCGUGUUGUACUGGAAUGGGGUCUGUAGCAGGAAGUUUGACAACUUGGUGAGACUGAAGCUGCUGUCAGUAUGGCGCACUUUGACACAGAAUACCAGCGCCUGGAGGCAUCAUACAGCGACUCUCCCCCUGGCGAGGAGAACCUGUUGAUGCAUGUGCCUGAAGGAGUUAAAUCUCAAUGGCACCACAUAGAAAACUUGGACCUGUUUUUCCAGAGAGUCUAUAAUCUGCAUCAAAAGAAUGGAUUCACUUGUAUGCUGCUCGGAGAGAUCUUUGAGCUGGUUCAGUUGCUGUUUGUGGUUGGCUUUACAGUCUUCCUUGCUAACUGUGUGGAUUAUGACGUCCUCUUUGCCAACAAGUUUGUAAAUCACACUGAUUCAUCUAAAGUCACCUUGCCUGAUGCAUUCCUCCCAGUGGAUGUCUGCAGUGCAAGAAUCCGAAACAAUGCGUUUGUGAUCUUUGUUCUGAUAAUCUCCGGGGUGUUUUGGCUACAUCGGCUCAUUAAAUUCAUCUACAAUGUGUGCUGUUAUUGGGAGAUCCGAUCCUUCUACAUCAACGCCCUUAAAAUGACCAUGUCAGAGCUCCCCUAUGCAACGUGGCAGGAGGUUCAGGCCAGAAUUGUUGAGAUCCAGAAGGAACAUCAGAUCUGCAUCCAUAAAAAGGAGCUGACAGAGCUGGACAUUUACCACCGCAUCCUCCGCUUUAAGAAUUACAUGGUUGCCAUGGUGAAUAAAUCACUCCUUCCUGUACGAUUUCGACUUCCUGUACUUGGGGAGUACGUGUUUUAUACACGGGGUCUCAAAUACAACUUUGAGCUCAUCUUCUUUUGGGGACCAGGCUCCCUGUUUGAGAAUGAGUGGAGUCUAAAACAAGAGUAUAAGAGGGGAGGGAACAGGCUUGAGCUUGCAGACAGGCUAGCCUCUCGUAUCCUGUGGAUCGGCAUUGCAAAUCUGCUGCUGUGUCCAGUCAUUCUUGUGUGGCAGAUCCUUUAUGCUUUUUUCAGUUAUACUGAGGUGAUCAAGCGAGAGCCUGGCUCUCUGGGGGCGAGAUGCUGGUCUCUGUAUGGUCGAUGUUAUCUGCGUCAUUUCAAUGAGCUGGACCACGAGCUCAUGUCACGCCUCAGCAAAGGCUACAAGGCUGCAUCCAAGUAUAUGAACUGUUUCCUUUCACCACUACUCACAGUGGUUGCCAAAAAUGUGGCAUUUUUCGCCGGGUCUCUUUUGGCUGUUCUCAUCGCCCUGACCAUCUAUGACGAGGACGUCCUUGCAGUGGAGCAUGUGCUCUCAUCAAUCACACUCCUUGGAGUGUGUAUCACAAUCUGCAGGUCAUUUAUUCCUGAUAAGCAUAUGGUGUUCUGCCCUGAGCAGCUGUUGCGGGUCAUUCUGGCUCAUAUCCACUACAUGCCUGAUCACUGGCAAGGCAAUGCACACAGAUACGAGACCCGAGACCAGUUCUCCCAGCUGUUCCAGUACAAAGCAGUAUUUAUUCUAGAGGAGCUGUUAAGUCCAGUGGUGACUCCCAUCAUCCUCAUCUUCUGUCUAAGGAGAAAGUCUUUGGAGAUCAUUGAUUUCUUCAGAAACUUCACUGUGGAGGUGGUCGGGGUAGGAGAUACCUGCUCCUUUGCUCAGAUGGACAUUAGGCAGCAUGGACACCCUGCGUGGAUGUCAGAGGGGAAGACAGAGGCAUCUAUCUAUCAGCAGGCAGAGGAUGGGAAGACGGAGUUAUCGCUGAUGCACUUUGCCAUCACUAACCCCCAGUGGCAGCCUCCUCGAGAGACCACACACUUUAUCAGCCAGUUGAAAGAAAGAGUUCACAGAGAAGCCACAGGGGCUCCUUCAGACACACAUCCAAUGUCUCUGUCAGAGUCUGAGCCACGGAGUCUCAUUGCAAACCUCCUAACAGGUCCCUCCACACUGGCCUCAGUUCAUUUUGACCGGGAUAUUUCUUUAGCAAAUCAUGCAGCAGCUGGCAUAAACGAUGGGGGGUCCGCCUUACGCUCUCUUUCGCCAAUUAGCAGCAGCCUUCACUUGAGAGGCAGCUUAAGUGCAGCUCACAGGGCUGCUGGCCAUACUAGCAGAACAAUGGCAGGCUCAGGGACCGACGCUCGAACUGUGAGCUCAGGCAGCAGCGCAUGGGAAGGUCAGCUUACCAGUUUGGUCCUAUCAGAGUAUGCCUCCACUGAGAUGAGCAUCCAUGCACUUUAUAUGCAUGAGCUCCAUAAACAGCAGUCUCGUGGCGAGAUGUCCCGCCACACUUGGCACAGACAGGAGAGCGACGAAAGCAGUGACAGCAUCCCAGAUGAAGUAAGGAGCGAACCCAUUCCCCAUUCAAGAAAUUUCCCUCGAUCGCACACUUUCCCCACCACAGUUCCCAGUCCUAGUGCCAUUCCCACUUCAGCUUCAGCCACCAGCAGCACCGCUCUGGGCCAGGAGGGGCCAACAGCACAGAGCAGCAGUCAGAGACACCACAGUGGACCUACAACUGACCCGUUUGGUACAGGGGUAAAGAUAGUGAGGUCAGCACGUGUGCCAAUGGGAGGAUGGGCAGAGGAUGGUCAAGCAGCGCCACGACACCAUGAACCACUACCAGAGGAGAGUUCAGAGGAUGAAAUGCCUCCUCACAUACACAAGGUUACAUAAUCAAGCCAUGUGAAUAAGUACCUGCAUCUGUCCUUCGAUAGAUCCCAUCCAGACCCUUUUCCAGGACUGAACAUCUGAUCUGACAUAUAAUGCAAAAGCAGUAAAACCAUCUGAACAGGUUUAGAUAGUUAUUGCCUUUGGUCAUUAGAAUAAACAGUGACUUUGUGACAUCCAUGAUAUGUUUAACAGGCAUUUGGAGUAAACCUGUUUAUCAGAAGAGGACCUUCAGGAUCAAGUUAUUUCUAAUAGCCACUGUGCACAUCAGAUUACACUACACAUUUUUAAACAUUACGUGGGAUGAAAAUGCGUAUGCUGUGGAGACACAGUGCUUGUGAAAACCAAGCAUUGCUGGAAAGUAAACAGUUUACCCAAACCAGACCACAGCAGUCCGGACUGUCCACUUUUGCAAACAUGAUAACAUGAAAUGAAGAAAAUGAAGAAUGUCCAUAACAAUGAAGUGUGUUUAGACAGAUCCUGUUAAAAACAGAGACUUUCAUUGUGUAUAUUUGUUCUUGUACUGAUAGCAGCAGACUGUGGAUUACACCAUAUACUCUGCAUUUCAGCUUGCAUUUUGCCUCUUGGAAAAAAAGUAUGAGGAUCUCAACUCUUAUAAAAUUCACAUAAUAUUUUUCAUAUCAUCUUUUCAUUUAGCCUUUUUCUGCAUUAAUUGCUUUACAAGAGAUUUUUCUAAAAAUGUCCCAAAGCCCAGAAAUCUGGAUGCAUUUGCACAAAUUGAUGUUUGUUUAAAAGAUGAAUUGUACUGAUUUGGUUCUGCAUGCAAACAUGCACUGUGUUAUCAGGUUAUUUCACAGCAGCCCAGGGGAAUAUUGAAUCAAUUUUCAUGUGUUUGCAGGCACUUUAAAAUCUGAUGUCACCCAAUUUUUCCCCCAUUUAACUAUUUGUCAACAGACUUAAAGACUAAUAGUUCAGUAGGAAAACAAGGCUGUCAAAGCAUGCAAUAUUGACUUCUGCCAUACUAAAGUCUCCCAAAGUGCAUGGACAUCACAUAUUCAUCCUUCUGGAGAGUUCAAACUUGAUGGCACAGCAAAAAAACUGUCUACCAUAUCCAGUCAGAGCAUGGAAGCACUCUGUUCCCCUGUCAAUAAGCCAGGUCUUUACACUGGGAAUGAUGCACUUUAAUAAGUUGCUAAUGCAGAGUGUCACUUAACUUGGAUUGUUUUGCAUCUGUAUAUUUUCGUACACAUAUUGUUAAAUUAUUUUUAUUUUUCAAAGGGAUGUGCCAAGAUGAUGAUGAAGUACUGUCGAUGGAGACUGCAGUGAUUAAUGAUAAUUUGAAGGUGUUUAGCGUUUUUUUUUGUUUAUAUUAUAAAUCUUGUAAAAUACCAAUUUGUACAGCUGAAAAUUCGUCUAUUAAAAACGAUGCAAUGAG